AUAGGUGGCUCAAUCUUCUUCUCUAACCUAAAAAAGCUGACGUUUGAUAACAAUUGAAAACAUUAAUGUUUUAAUCGUAUUUACUGUAAAUAUAACUGUGAAAUGGCUGCAGUUUUGAAGAAACGGGCUUUGGCUGAAUACAGCCAAACAAUCCAGGAGACAGCCCCUCAAGUACCAAUAAAGAAGCUUCGUUUGGUGAAAAAGCCUCAAAGUUCGCCGGGGGGUUCAACUUUAGCUCUAAUUAGUUGUCUUGAUGGUUGUAAGAGCAGUAAAGAGGCUUUGCAGACCUUGUUACGAGUAUCAGAUUCCUUUGAGUUGGAUAUAGGUGAUAUACCUGAAGUGGUAUCAAAGUUAAGUGAUUAUUUUAAGAAUGAAAGUGAAUCUUCAGUUAGGGUUAAAAUAUUAUCACUACUGUGUGAUAUAGGGCAUGAAAGUAAUGCUGAUAUAAUGUUAAUAAUAGAUGAAACCAUAAUGUUGUUGAAGAAUGAUCAUUCUCACAAAGUAAUAGCGCAGGGUAUGAACACAAUACUUAAACUGGGUAAAUUGCUACCAGAAACAUCCCCAGUACACCAAAAGUUGUGUGAUGUUGCCAAACAUUACUUAACUGACAUUGGACAUGCUGUUAAGUGUAAAUGUUUAGAAAUUCUUGGUGUACACUCACCUUUAUGCAAUGAAGGCGAUUGUAAAACCCUUUUAAACCUUGUCAGUAGUUACAUGAGCAAUGAAGAUGCCAGAGUGAGAUCUCAGGCCUUUUCUACCAUCAUUACAUUGCAUGGAAGGAAGUUUAAGAUCAAUCCUGAUAUUUAUAUUAAUGUUUGCGAGGCUUUAAAGGAUGAUUAUGAGAUUGUCAGACAAGUUGCCUUGAGAUUGAUUUGGGUGUUGGGAAUUGCAUAUCCAGAAAAUGAGAUUUUAGUACCGGGCAGUGAACAUGAAAUAAGACUGAUAGACGACGCGUUCGGUAAAAUUUGUAACGGUGUAACCGAUUUAUCGAUACAUGUACGUACUUUGGCGGCAAAAUUGCUGGGUUCCAUGAAAAUGGUCAGUCCAAAAUUUUUGAACCAAACUUUGGACAAAAAGUUGAUGUCCAACAUGAGAAGAAAGAGAACAGCCCAUGAGUUGGCCUGGGAGAAUGUGACAAGUGGUGAAUGGGCUAGCGGUAAAAAAUGGGCCGACGAUGCACCCCGUGAGGUUAUUAAUGCAGAUAAUAUAAGUUUAAUGAGUCAGGGGGCUUGUGGAGCUUUUGUGCAUGGACUUGAGGAUGAAUAUUUGGAGGUGAGAUCAGCAGCUGUAGAAUCUCUGUGCGAGCUUUCUUUAGAUAACCCGCAGUUUUCAAAUUUAUCGCUGGAUUUUUUGGUUGAUAUGUUUAAUGAUGAAAUUGAGGAUGUCAGGUUAAAGGCUAUUGAUAGUUUGAGGUGCAUUUCAGAACAUAUCAUACUUAGAGAUGACCAACUGGAAACUAUACUUGGCGCUCUAGAAGACUUCUCUCAAGACGUCAGGGAGGGUUUGCACAGAAUGUUGUCGGCCUGCUCGAUGUCGACGACGCACGGUUUGAAGAUGUGCGUGGAAAAGUUGCUGGACAACCUGAAAAAAUACCCGAACGAUAAACGUUCGACGUACAAAUGCCUGCAAAGGAUUGGCGCCCAACAUCCGCAACUCGUUCUCCCGCUGGUUCCGCAGUUUUUAAACAUCCAUCCGUUCUUCGACAUGGCCGAACCUGACGUGGAAAAUCCGCAAUAUAUUUGCUUGUUGAUUUUGAUUCUCAACGCCGCCAAAUUUUCCUCCACGAUUAUACCUCUUCUGGAACCACACACCUUAAGGCAUUAUUUGUACAUGAAGGACACAAUGUCGCAAUUCGUGCCAAUUUUGAAUCUGGAUUCGAAUUAUAACAGCAUUUCUAGACCGACUUCCGUACCGGAAAGUUUGUCUUUCCUAAACAACAUCAUCAGGAACUUGGAUAUGGCGGAAAAUACUAUCAGAGUUCCCACAAAAAUGCUCCAAACCGCGAAAGAACACCUGAAUCGGCUCAGCGAGAUGGACAGCAAAGUGGCGGGAACGGCGCAAUUCACCUCUCUGUACAUUGCCGCGCAGCUGCAGCUCUAUCAAAUUCUCGAAAAAGGUUUUUGGAUGAACCCCGUAACUUUGGCAACGCAACAAGUCAACAACCUCAAAACGAACAUACAAAACUUGCUGCAGCUGUGCUUGAAGCUGCAGUUUUUCUUUGUCGGGUUGAGUCCCGUCGAAGAAUGCGCCGUCAAGCAGUUCAGAUUGAGGGCUUUGGCCCUCAAUCUGGUUUACAUUGUCAAAGGGAGCAACGCUUCAGCUUUGGCCCCCUGCCAUCAUUUUUUGACGGUGGUGGAAGAUAUGCAAAAGCAGUUGAAUCAAGGUGGCCUGGAACCGGACGCUUUCACAACGUUGGUUUUCCGAGAGUUGUCUUCUCUGGAAGAACCUAAACCGGGCACCGUUGCCAGACUUCUCAUCCCGAUUUUGUCGGAAGCCAAAUUGGGGAAAAUACCCACGCCGAACGUCAACAUAAGAAUGAGUACGGCGUCGAUUCUGGAACCGAACGGUUCGACAGAUACUUCGUUAAAGUUCACGGCAGGUUUGAUUAUGUCCGUGCCUUUUGAGGCCGAGUUGAAGUAUCUGUUGGACCCUUCGAGGAUAAGGUUAAAGGUCAAAUAUCCCGACCAAAGAACGCAAAUUGUUUUACCAAGGCCUGCACAUUUAAAACCUUUGUAUUAUGACGAAAACAAUGAAGAAGCUAAAAUUGGCCAUAACUUGAGACUACUUACUUCGGUGCUUAUGUCUCACCAGGUUUGGUCCGAAGCUUGCAAUGUGGAGAUAAGCAUAGCUGUAGCUAUUCCCGAAGCUGAUAUUUGCAAGAGGAAAUCCAGUAUCGACUCCACGCAAACCUUAUUGGAGCUCUGUAAACCUAUUAAGGUCAGUGUUGCGCCCAAGCCAAUUAAAAAAACUUUGUAAAUAAGUUUAUGUAUUUUUUAUAUUAUGUAGAAGUAAUAAAUAUUAAAUUUUUA